UGCAAUAUGUCUGACAAAUUAGAAAUAUUUAUAGAAUACGCUUAAACGUAAAUGAAUAGAGCCAAAUAUUUGAUGAUUUUGAAGCAAUGGACUAUGUACAACACACGAUAUAAUAGAUCGAUAAGCAACGUAUUUGGAAGGAAGUUAUGUGUUGUUGGUGUUUGAUCGAGAGCCUUGCGUAUGAAAUGUAGAUAUGUACGUCACGCACUCUGGACGAACGGGUCACACGGACUACGAACGCGCAUUUUAAUAGUGAAAAACCAGUCUAACUAAACUGUUUCGUUCGAUCUUACCACAAAUUAAGCAUUCAGUAAUUUGUGAUUGAAACACCCAACAAUGGAUCAAUUAAUACAAUGUCCUGUGUGCACCCUUUACCUUCACAAUGGAAUGAGUUUGGAAUCACAUCUCGACACUCACCCCAAGGACCAAGUUAUCAAAGCUUUGUGUUGUCUUACCUCAAAAGGCAGUGGUUUCGGCAGUAGAACAUCAACUCCUGCAAACUCGGAACGCUCAUACAGAAGUCGGUCUCGGACACCUGCAGAUGACAGAUGGAAUGGAUCACAGCGAAGCAGUGAACCUGACCGCUACUGGCGAAGGCCACCAAGUAGGACUCCCAAAUCAACAUCAAUUACAUCUCUAUCACGGAAUGAGACACCUGAAAUUAGAGAUAGUAUUAAUUUUGACACAAAUUCAGUUCCAUCAGGUCAGCAUUCUUUGUCAUAUGGAUUGAAAAGUGAUAAAAUGCAACAGUUUCAAAGUUCUCAACUGUCAGAUUUUGAACAGCCAUUUACAGUGUUUCAAGAACCACAAGAAGAUAGAGAGAUUAAAUAUUCACGGAGUGCUGAAUAUACUGCCAUGGAUAAUGUAAACAAUGUUUUUACAUAUAACAUACCACCAAUAGCUGCAGGCUUAAGGUUUCCACCGCAAAACAAUCUUGUGUCAGCAGGUCAUAAGAAAGCCCAAGAUUUUGUAAAGAUUCUACCAAAGCCCAAUAACAUACUUUUGAAAACCAAUGUAGGUGGGAUACAGUACAUUACAUCAGGAGUGAAACCUAUGCAUGUCAUGGUGCCGACAACACCAACAUUUGUGCAGAAGAAUAUACAGAACAACAUGCUGAUCUCAGGAAAUAUUUCUAAUUCAUCAGCCCAUAUUGAUGCUAAAGUUGUAGCUCCACAGUUAUCAGGCGCCCAAUUCAAUAACAUGUCAACAGGUGCCUUCACUCCCAGUUUAUCAACGGUUGUGACUCAAAAUUCACAAAUAAUUUACAGAGAAAUGGUGCAUAACAUAGAUGGUAAGCCUUUUAUUUCAAGUAUGCCCACUAUGAUUACAACAGGACCGGAUGCUGUGACAAACGUAGCACAAAGUAGUUCAAUGUAUCAGAACUUAAUGGUUUUGGAUCAAUUUGGAUCUUGCAUGUACACACCACCUCAACAGUUUGUUCCUAAAUCGUGUACUACCACUGUUUAUACAGACACCGAUACCUUAAUUCCAAAUUCCCAACUGUGUAAAAAUAAUUUAAAUGACCCAAAAACUUUAAUCAUAGAAGUUGGCCCAAUAAUUGCUCCUGAAUCAGUUUCAUCUACAUCUACAUCAACCAGUGUGGUGCCAUCGUCUGGUGUGUCAGUUAAAUCUGAUGUAACAGACACAUCUGACACCAUAAAUAAACUUGAAUACAUGAGUGAGGCGUCAAGUUCAAGUAAAGGAUUAAAAAUUCUCAGCAAUAUCAAGGUUGAAGUACCAGUACAGCAUAACAAAAAUAUGGUAAAUACUUUAAUGGAUUUAACAGAGUCAAACGAUCCUGAUUUCAUGGAUAGCACUGAGCCCUCAAGAUCACCAGAGAAAAUCCUGCCUGAUUUAGAUGACGAUAACCACAAUAUUAGUGAAUGUAUUCCGCCUUCAAAUUCUAGCAGUAUCAGUUCAGUACCACGCACAUUCACCAACAUGAAAAGUUCAAAUAAUGUUUCACCAUACAAAGAGUUAUGUAAUAAAGUAAUCGACUCCGAGUUUAGUGAUAGCUGUCCCAUUCCUGAUUUAAUAUGUAAUGAGAAACCAUCGAUAUCACCAUGCAGUGAACUAUCAGAGAAUGGAGAUAAUUCCACUGAUCGUAUAUCUAUUUCCCCUAAACCACAGAGAUCCAUUGAAACUCCACAUAAUAAAGAAAUUAAUGUAAAGAAGACCACCUUGCCUGUAAAAUCAAAUAAAAACAAUUCUGCACGAUUGAACAACAUUUUUGUUAAGAAGACCAAGAAAAUACUUCAAAUAAAGAAUGCUAAAACUUUAGGCAGCACUGUGAAGAAGAAUGAACCCGAGCCAGUGCCAUCAACAUCAACCAGUAAAUCACCAGAGAAUUUCAUUAUGAUGCAUGACAGGAACGGACAAAUGGAAACUACUACACUCCUAACUGUGUCAGUUGAGGAAAUUAAAGAAAAUGACGAAACUGAUGAUUUUAACACAGACAUUGGGACACCUAUGCAAAUGGAACCAGGGCAACGAAAUAGUCUAAAUGACAGUAAUGACAUGAAAAUAGUUGAAAUUCAAGUGAAGGAAGAAGUGAAUACAAGCAAUGAAGGUGCCUUUUCUAAUGAUACACCUGCAGUUAAAACUAAGGACAACUUGCGGCCAAUCCAUGUCAUACCAUACAGUAAUAUGUCAGCUGGAGAUUUUGAUGAUGAGUCCAACCACAGAGAACUGCUGGAUCUAGAAGCAGCCUCCAAGGGCAAACAGUUUGUCAGUAUGAUGAACGAGAACUACUUUGGCGAAAAUCUGUAUCCAGAUUAUUUCACAACGGACCGUGAUGCUUUUGGUAAUGAAAGGGAAAUUACUCAGAAAGAUGGAAUGUACAACAUUUGGGGUGAACCGUCACAGAAGGAAAAUGAAUUUGUAUUACCAAAUUUCAUACAAGAUACAUACAAGAUUACAGAUAGUACAGGUAUAGAUUACUCUGCAUUUUCUGGAAGAGAGGUACAGGGAGAUAAAGAAGGCGAUGGUUGUGAGAAGGACAGCAAGGCUGAUGUACUAAGUGAAAGCAGGAGCGGGGGUGAUACUCCAUUGAAUAUUUGUGCAGAUGAGCGUAUGCCAGCACGGGGAGAGCUCAGUGGACAGGAAAGCAAUGGCGAUAUGGAGUCGGCUUGGAGUGGGAUAUACACCGAGGUUACCGCGUCGGAGCCCUAUGACCUCAUCGCGAGGGAGAGCUGGGUCUCGGACGGCUCCGAAGUGGAUCUUGCUGAGAAGAUGGAAACGCUGGACGAUGACGUGACACUGAAGAAGGUGCGCGGCGGGUCGGGCGCGGCGGCGGGCGGGCCGGGGGGCGCGGCGUCGCGCGUGUCGUACAGCCGCCUGCUCACCGCGCGGACCAUCAAGCGCGAGCGGAGCGCCGCCCGCAACAGAGCCGCGUGUAAUCUGAUAACGGUCGAUUCGAAGGCUUCGAUAACGACCACGAUACUUCAGUCAUACGACAUGGAGGACUCCAAGCCGAAGAUCGAGGGUCUGAUCAAGCAGGAAACGAAGCGUAGAAGGAAGGACUUCGUCUGUUCGACCUGCAAAGUGGACCAGCUGACCGACGCCGCCUUCCACGCGCAUCUCAAGAUACAUCCGCUGGAGUGCAUGACCUGCGGGAAGUGCUUCUACAGAAGAGCCAAUCUCGCUCUUCACAUAAAGACGCAUUUAGGAAUUAAGAAUUACAAAUGUGACGUCUGCGAGAAGAGGUUCAUAACGCGACAGAAGUUAACGGAACAUCACAACAUACACACGGGACGAUCGCCGAUCAAGUGCACCCACUGCGACGAGACCUUCAAGAGAUACUCCAAUAUGUUGCAGCACAGAGACCGGCACCACCUGUCGAAGCGCGUGCGCGCGCGCGAGGUGUCGUGCGAGUGCGGGCUGGUGUUCGCGUCGCGCGCCCGCCUGCGCUGGCACCGCGAGACGCACGCCGCGCGCCCGCACGCCUGCGCGCUCUGCAGCGACAAGUUCGUGCACGCCGCCUCGCUCACCCGCCAUCUGCGCCGCACGCACCGCCAGCCCGACCCGCACCUCGACGUGCCCUGCCCCGUCUGCAAGCAGCUGUACAUCCGCACGAACUUGCGCGCGCACAUGCAGACGCACACCGGGAAGCGGCCCUUCCCGUGCGUCAUCUGCAACAAGUCGUUCACCACCAAGUGGAACCUGAAGCUGCACCGGUGGACCCACAUGAACCGGUCCGCGAAGCCCUUCAAGUGCCACCUGUGCAAGGGCGCGUUCAUCCGGCAGUCGGAGUACGUGUCGCACAUGAACGCGCACAAGUCGGUGCGGCCCUACACGUGCAACUACUGCGGCUGCAAGUUCAUCAGGAAGUACAACUGCCAGAGGCACGUCCGGGAGCACGAGACGGCCAAGAAGUUCGUCUGCAAGGUCCAGGAGUGCGGUAAGUCGUUCCAUCGGAGCUACUAUCUGUCCGAGCACAUGAAGGUCCACAGCGGGGUCCGUCCGUUCGCUUGUAACAUCUGCGGGAAGACAUCGAGCAACAAGUCUAAUCACAACAAGCACAUAAAGAUCCAUCACGCGCGGGAGCCCGUGGCUACAGAGGCGUAGUGGCGCCUCCGACGUUCUUCCACUUAUUCGUUUGAGGGGCUCGCGUAAGCGACAAUCCAUAUAAAUAGCCAAAUUAGUAAAUGUAAUUAAAUUUUAAAUACUUACCUUCUCUAUAUCCAAAUAAUAGGUAGAUUUUCAAUUAAAAAAAAAUAUAGCAUAGAUUAAUUAUGUAAUAUUAAAAUCUUAACGAGCUCCCCAAACGCUUAAAAAUACGUAUUUUAAAUAAUAUUAACUGAAGGCGUCAUCGUCGUCAUUGUAAAUAACUAGUUAAAUUUAUACAUAUAUAUAUAUUUUUUAAAUUGUAAAUACGGACCAAGAGUGAACGAAACGAAUGGGUUGUAAGCGAUGUUGUUACGGUUCACGUUGUCUGCGCCCUCGUCGAUUUUCAUUCGUUCGUUGGAAGGUUCAUUCGAUUUCAUUCGUAAACGGGUUCGGGCGUGUGAGAGUCGACUAGGUUUUCGUAAACGAGGUAAAACUUUGGCGCACGAUAUUAUCGAGCGGUCUUUGUUCAACCACAAGCAGUAGUUUCACGAAACAUUCGAUUUAUAUUCCAUGCUAAUUCUGUGGCGUAUAAGCUAUUGAUGUUUCCAAGAAGUACGGCGUCUUAAAGGCUGAGCCUUGACACGAUUACCUAUUCACAUUUUUCAAUAUAAAAAAAAAUUGUAAAUAUAAUGUAGCUUUAGAAUAUAGUUAAGUUAUUAAAAGACAUGUAAGAUUAAUAUCGUGCGUGACAGUCAUAGUUUUGUAAGUUAGUCAAAUAAAUUUUGAGGGCAUUUCGGUGUAAGUACCCCGCUUACAAUGAACUACAAUAUAUAAAUAAAUAAAUAUAUAUAUUUUUUCUAUAUCAUUUGCUCUUUAUAUAAUAAACAGGUCAGUUUUUUUAGCAGCAAUUAAUAACAGUAUAUAAUUCGCCUGAAUAUUUUGUGGUAGUUUUUCGCGUGAUUUUAGUUGAGGUUGACAACAUUAUUCGAACGCAGUCCUUUUGGUAACAUUAUCACUAAACUGUUUCUACUGUACGAAAAUCGACUCAGUAAAAUGGUGGUUAAAAUGUACAGGAAGUUGUUUGGAAGGGCAUGAUAGAUGUAUUGAAAUAGUUCGCGACCCUGUAGCUAUAAUAAUCUAGACCCUCACAAGCCAUCGGUUAAAUUUCCCACAUUGUCAACCUCAUGUUAAUCACUAUAUUGAGUUCAAUCGUAACAAAAUUAUUAAUAAUUCUAAAAUUAUUGUGAAUUGAUCGGCAGCUUCAACUGUAUUGGAGUUGAAGCUUCCUCUGAGCAACAGAUAAGCAAUAUUUCCGCGGACUAGCGGUACGUUCAUUCUUGUAGUACAAAUAUAAAUCUUAAUAAGUUAGUAUAUUUUAUAAUUAAAUAAAAACUAUUAUAUUCAUCAUUGAAAAAAAAUAUGUUAUUUAUAGUAGGUAUGUAUUUUUGCCUUUGUUGUUGGUCAUUGAGAGUAAAAUAUUUUAAAUGGUGAUGUCAGGAAAACGCGUGAUAGGAUUCUUUUGUAUUUUUAGCCGAUUUUACAAGAAAGAAGGUUCUGGAUUCGUGGCGUACGUUUUUUAAUUCGUGACGUGCUGAUUUUAUAAGUAUUGGAGAAAAAAAUUGAAAUCUGUUGUCACUUAUGCUUCGUCAUUUGGUAAAGUUAGAUACUUUAUUAAUUUUUUUUAACAAAAACACGACAUAGUUCCAGCUUUACGUCAAUUAUAAUUUUUUUUGCCGUGAUCUAAAAAAACCUACCAAAAUAUUAUUGUGCACUACCCUAUUUUGAGUUAAAGCUCAGUUAUACAUGUAAAUAUUAUAUUAAAAUAAUUAGUUUUUAUUUUUAUUUAUUAAUAAUUUUCAUUUUAUCUUGUAGCAGCAACUCAUUGAACUUCUAAUAUGACGGUAGUCUGUUGAAAUUCAAAUUAAACCAUAAAAUAAAAUGUAAGGGCGCAAUGAAAACUGUUUCGAUCCACGAGUGUAUAGUUUGGAAUCCAUUGACCCGUCUGGUUGAAAUGAAAAUUUUUUUUUUUUGCUGAUGUGAAAUAUUUGUAACCUGCGUAUUACGGCAUCCAUUAACGUUCGCUUGUGAGGCUCCCUGACUGUGACGGCAAUGUAUACUAUCCCGAGACGAGCAUUAAAAAUAACGUGGAGUAUUAUCUCGCUUUUGUUUGUUUGCAUUUCAUAAACAGUUGACUUUCCGCACGUAGCUUCGUCCACGUCGACUGUGAUAUAUAUCGCGUAUUCAAUUUCAGGUUUGAAAUUAUUUACAUAACUAUAUAAUGAUUUUUCAAAAAAAAAAAAAAUUGGUCAAUAUUAAUUACACAUGUAUCCAUAACAUAUACCCGUACAAAGCGUUACUUGUUGAAAUAAAUUUGUAUAUACAUAUAUUAUAGGCACGUCAUAUUAUCGGAGCCCCACUGUCUUUUGUGUACCAUUUUUAUUUAAUGUGGCAAGAAGGCCUCGAUUAAGACUGAUUUUUCCAAUGACGUUGAUUGGUGUUCAAGCCAUUACUUCUCCAUCUAGAGGUCAGUAGCGGCGGAUAUAUUUUAUUCGUUUACUUGUACGCCCCUCGUGAAUCGGAAAAGGUUUUAUUACACUCUGCAUUUCUUAUUUGUGUUGUUCACACGAGUUGUUUCUAGUUGUCUUGACACUUCAGUCCGAAAACAAAGAUGAUCAGAAUGAGCACUUUCCGAAGGUCAGGUUCCUCAAGAAUUUAGUUAUUUAAAGUUUUUCUUGUGUAAUAUGAAACUGAAAGAUUGUUUUAGUUCGCUCAGCAAAACACAUAUAACCCUUUCAAUUAUAAUAAGGGAAUGUCAAAUAAUAUAUAUUACAUAGGGACGUCAUAUUUGGUAAAUAUUAAAUGCACGGAAGAGAGUUCGCAAAUUUCUAUAGCAUCCCAAUUAUAAUUUAUACCGCAUGGUAUCUCAUUUUCAUAACAAUACU